UUUUUAGGGAAAGGGGGAAGGGACAUAAUGAUCCACACACAGUAUGAAAGUGAAAGUAUAGAGAAGCAGAGCUUUAACAAUUCUCAUCAUGAUCAUUUUCUGUAUCAUUGUCCUUGUCCUACCAGUGAGUAUGCCCAUGUCGUUGGGUGGUUGGGUGCAGUCACCUGGACAUCCGCAUGGGUAUGACCCUGAUGUCAAGCACGAGGAGAAACACUGUGCUCAGAGCGGACACAAAGUCAAACUCACUCUCACGCACUUGGACCUGGAGGAGAGCCAUAACUGUGAGAAUGAUCGCUUGGAGAUUUGGGCAGAUGGGGAACUCUUGUUUACUUUGUGUGGACACAAAUCUAUGAGUGAGCUGCAGACGUUCAUCAACCCCAAACUUUACUCCAACCCUGGAGGCUGUCUCAAAAUUUCAUUUUUCACAGACUACUCAAAUCCCACGAGACAUGUUGGUUAUCGAGGCUUUUACACCAUAAAUGAUGUUAAUGAGUGUGAGGAGCUUGAAAACAAGUGCACUCAACGCUGCAAUAACUACAUUGGGGGUUAUCGAUGUUUCUGCAGACCAGGAUAUCUCCUCGACCCUGAUCAGCACACCUGCAGAGUUAGCUGUGGUGAAACUCGCAGAGGCUCUCAAGAAGGUGCGCUGAUGUCACCAGACUGGCCUGGGUCAUACCCGGAAAACUCUAUCUGUUCUUAUAUUCUCAGCACAGAAGAGGAUCUGCAGUAUGAAUUAACAUUCACAGAGUUUGAUGUGCAGAUGACAGAGGAUGGACGAUGCAGCGACUCUUUAACUAUAAAAACUCUCUCUGGUAUCUCCGGGCCAUACUGUGGGCAUAAGCGCCCUCCUUCACCUUUCACUACCAGAUCUCACCAUAUUGAAAUCAUCUUCAGGUCUGAUGAUGACGGGGCAAACAAAGGGUUUAGACUGAGUUACAAAACCAAAGAAAAGAAAUGUUUUGCAAGUGUGAUCAAAAACUCUCAGCUGAUCCCGAAUUUACCUGAAUAUUCCCGGGGUGAUAAGAUUACAGUGCACUGUGCUGAAGGACAUGUAUUAAACUUACUAGAUAGUGUUAAACAUGAGUAUGAAUCUACAUGUCGAAGCAAUGGAAAGUGGAGUCAUGUUAUCCCCUGUGAAAUUAUAGACUGUGGCUAUCCACCACUUCCAGAAUUGACAGAGCUAAGAGACGAGAAAGAUCUUCGCACAACAUUUAAGGAACAAAUCAGUCUCAAGUGUUCAUCUAAAUAUUACCAGAUGACUGGAAAUGGUAACUUCAUCUGUGAUAGUGAUGGUUAUUGGGUAUCUGAAACUGGUCAAAAACUGUCUGAAGCUUUACGUAUAUGUGAACCAGUGUGUGGAAUGAAUACAGAAAUCCUAGUUGGUGGCAAUGUCUUUGGUGGGAAACCAGCCACACUGGGAGAGAUUCCCUGGCAACUUUUACACCGGCAAAGCCCCAGAGGUGGUGCGGCUCUGAUCAGUGAUUAUUGGGCCCUUACAGCAGCUCAUGUAGUGGAUGGAUUUGAAGAUACAAGCAUGACUUGGUUAGGGGGAAUGGUCAAUGCUAAAAACAAACAGAAUACAGAAAUGCAGACAGAAAAGAUAAUAAUUCAUCCAAGUUACAAAAAAGUUGGUAAAAACGAGGAACCACAAAGCUUUGAUAAUGACAUUGCACUUAUAAAAAUGUCUGCCAGGGUGCCACUCGGUCCAAACAUCAGGCCAGUGUGUCUACCAAAUACACCUAUAAGUGAGGGAGAAUCAGGAACAGUUUCAGGGUUUGGUGCAUUUAAGAGAAUAGAAAUAAGUCAACUUUUGCGUCAUGGGGAUGUUAAAAUAUAUCCCCUUAAUGAAUGUGAUUCAUUGAAUUUCCCUGUCACUGAUAACAUGAUAUGUGCUGGGAAUGAUGGUGUUGACAGUUGUAGAGGUGACAGUGGUGGUCCAUUUUUUUACCCCAGACUGCAACAGAAGUCUGCAGAUGAGCCCUAUAGGCUUCUAGGUCUCGUAUCUUGGGGCCCUUCUGAAUGUGGAGAUAAAAGGUUUAAAGGUUUCUACACUAAAGUUUUUAACUAUCUCGACUGGAUCAAAGAAACUAUGGAAAAAAACUAACAUCAGCCUUACAUUCAGCUUCACAUGUCAAUGUUAUGUAGGACAAAGUUUAGUAUUUUAAUUGAUAACCAACAUAUCUGUUUUAUCCUCUUCAAUAAAAUCAGUCUUCAUGUAUAAAGAUAUUUUGGUUUAUUCCCCUUUCUCAAUAUAUUAUAACUGACAUGGCAAAAGUAAAUGGUUUUAUAUACGUGAGGUUAUAUUACAAGGGUGUUUGCAUGUUUCGGUAAAAAAUGAAGAUUUUAAUAUAUGGGUUACGUGUUAUUCUUUAAUGGUUGUUUUUCUAAUAAAUCCUUAAACUGUUAAAAAUCUACCAAUAUAUUAUGGCUACUGUGUUUAUGCUGUUAUACCACUAAUUCUAUCAUUACUAAUAAAAAUAUAUCCAAUGCACACCAA